GUAAGUACAUGAUAGGUGCAGUAUAUGAAAUGAGAAUUUAAUUUAUAAGGUUACAACAGAAACAAAAUGAAAUGUUUUUUAAAUUUAAAAUUAACCUUCUCUCACCGCAGAGUAGAAAGUACUUUUCAUCCCCACACUCACUUUAGUAUCACUAUGGUUGACCCAAAUGCCAUUGAUUUUUUUUGUAAACAGAAGGGGGAGAAGUCCACGGACAGUUCCAACGUCAUCAGAUGUUCCUCCUCAAGAUCAUCCAAAAUACAUCGUGUUUGAGGGGGAGCUCUUGAAACUUUUUAAGAAGUGUUUUAAGUGCGGCUCGAGGAAGGUCAGUCUGACCAAACGAACUGUGGGGACUUUCCUUUCAGUGUUUCAGCGAUGUGGGGCCUGCAAAUCCAAGGAGACAACAUGGAGUUCCCAGCCUUGGCUAGGUGCAACACCUGCAGGAAAUCUUCUUCUAUCUGCAGCUGUCCUGUUUGCUGGUGCCAGCCCAUCACAGGCUCUCCGCAUGCUAACCAGUAUGGGGGUAGCUUGUAUUUCGCUGCGCACUUUUUUUUCCCACCAGAAGAUACACCUCUUGCCAUCAGUUGAAGCGGUGUGGGCGCAACACAUCACUGAAGUAAAGCUUCGUUUGAAAGCGGAUAAUCAAGAACUUGUCAUCGGCGGGGAUGGACGAGCAGAUAGUCCGGGCCACUCCGCAAAAUAUGGGAGCUACACUGCCAUAGAACUCAACGCCAACAAGAUUGUUGAUAUACAGCUUGUACAGUGCAAUGAAGUCAAGAGUAGCUACCACAUGGAGCUUGAGGGCUUCAAAAGGACAAUGGCAACCAUACGUGAAGCUGACCUCACUGUCACCAAGCUCAUCACUGACCGUCAUCGCUCUUUGGCCAAAUAUGUGCGGGAACAUGAGCCAACAAUUCUGCACAUGUAUGACGUCUGGCAUAUAGCAAAAGGGAUCAAGAAGAAGGUCGAUAAAUUAGCCAAGAAGAAAGGGUUUGAGGGUGUGGCCGAAUGGAAGAGGUCCAUAAACAAUCAUGUUUAUUGGUGUGCCUCUUCCACCACUGAUGCAGAGGAGGAUCUCCGGGAGGCCAAGUGGGCCUCUUUAUGUAACCACAUCGUUGGAGUACACCGAGGGCACUCUGCUCUAUAUCCUAAGUGUGACCACGGCCGACUUGGGAGGCGAAAGAAGAAAUGGUUGAAGCCAGGGACCGAGGAAACUACCCAGCUGUACCAAAUUCUGGAGAGUACCUCAUUGCUGAAAGACAUUCGGAAAAUGUCUUCCACAGCGCAGACGUCCUCCCUGGAGAGCUUCCACAGCCUGAUAAACCAAUUUGCUCCCAAGAUGAAGGCCUACUCGUAUGAUGGUAUGACUUGCAGGCUUCACAUUGCUGGCCUUCAUUACAAUGAGAAUAGCGACAGAAACCAGGCUGUCACAUCCAAGGGCACUCAGAUGUUUCACCUCAGCAAGCCAAAGUUUAAGCCGGGGGAAGCUACAGUGAAACCAAUCAAAGAAGCAGCUUCUUUUGGGUAUGUCAGGACUCUGUUUAUAGAGGCGAUCCGGCGAUGCUGUUUUGUUGUGCCCAACACUGCUGCUCAGUCUAAACCCCCGACUAUGGCAGAGAAAUACACGUUUCCAGAGAAAGAUGUUCUGAUUGCAAGGCACAGGAGCAGAUUUAAUAAACCUUGAGAGUAAAUCCCUGCUUGGUGUAGAACUACAAGGAAUGAUCAGAGAUAGGAUCUUAAAUGUUGAUUCAUUUAAAGCCUCAGCUCAUGAAUGAUACAUGUAUUUGCCGAAAACAAGUGUUCAUAA